AUGGCAACAUCUUCUUCAUUUUCAAAUCCAAUGACAUCAUCUUCAAUCGUUGAACUUGGAAUUACUAAUAAUCAAAAUGAUGAAAAUCAACCUGAAUCAUCCAAUCGAGCAUCAUCUUAUUCAUUAGCUACAUCAAUUCCAAUAUAUAAUCGAGCAACGAAUUCAGUAAGUCUUCAACCAAUAACAACAUAUAAUACAAAUAUACAAUCUAAUGAUAAUGACUAUAGAAAUGAAGAAGACGAACAUCGUCUUAGUUUACAUUAUACUUCUAAUCGAUUAAAACAAGAAAAAUUAUUACUUUUUAUAAAUAUUUUACGUCUUUUAACAAUUUUUAUUCUUGCACCGAUUAUUUAUUUUUUAGUUUAA